CUGCAUCGAUUAGUCACGCCUGCGCAUCAUUGUCCGGAGAACGCGUCUCGCAAGCGGAAGUGCGUCUAAUGUCAUAGUGCAAGAUGGUGGCCACCAGGAGAGGCACACGCGUGGGAUCCCCUGUGAAAAAUACUAACAAUGAAAACUCUGGAGCCACGCAGCCUACUCCUUCGACCAGAAGAACACGGCGCAGAACGCUAAUGGAGGAAAACCAGUCCCACUCCGAACUUGCAGUCGACUCCCAGCCAGAUGAGCCGAAGGAUGACAGUACUGCCUCUUCCUCAGUAGCUAGUCCGCUCAAGCGAGAAACUAGAAGAUCCACACGUCUCCUUGCUGACAAAAAGGAACCAAACUCUACCAAUGAAGCUGAUGUGUCUGAGUCAGAGUCCUGCUGCUCUGUAGUUUCUGAUGUGCAGGUGACACCCAGAACCCGACGGAGGACUGCAGUCAGGGAGAAGCCCACUGUGCAGGACGAGGCAUCCGAAGUUGAAUCCUGCUCAUCUGAGGUGUCCACGACCCGUUCUCGCAGUGCUCCGCGCAGUCUGAGGAAGCGUGUUCUGACUUCAGCUGCUACAAAAGAUGCCGCAAAGAACGAUGAUGAUGAUCCCACAGGGACCGAGUCCUGCAGUUCUGCUGUGUCCGUCACUACAGCUAUGGACACUCGUCGGAUAACAAGGAGCCAUCGGAAGACUGCUGUUCCUUCCGCAGAAGCAGAUUCAUCUGAACCAGAGUCAUGCUCCUCCAGCGUUUCUGGCCUUCUUGGCUCUGUGGUCCGCAGAUCUGCUCGAAACCAGAAGGUCAAACCGACCCAGUUGAUCCCUUUGAGCUUUGAGGAAACCACAGACACCCCUUCUUCUCCAGUGUCCAAGAAGAGAGGCAGUAGGCACAAAACAGGAGUUGACGAGGAAAAUGAGUCAGACGGAUGCAAGUCAUGUCCCAGCAUGAGUCCGUGGAGAUCCACCAGGCGUCAACCCAAACUUGGCGAAUCAGAUUCAGAAUCGGUAGCUACUGAUGUCUGCAAUUCUCAGGGGAGCCCAAGCCCUCAAAGAGGAAGGGGGACUCCUUGUAGUAGCCGAACUGGGUCUGCUAGUAGUACCCGUGCAGUUCCUGUAACCAGGGCAAGAAGUAAAGCAAAAGUGAAUUCUGAUGUAUGUGACACCAUUACAACUGUUGCUGCCAUGCCUGAGGAACGGGGUGAGGAGCUUGAACCUCAUCCUGAAAGUAUUCCAAGAAUAACGUUAGAACAACUGGAUAGCACUGUGACCAUGGACACCAGUGAAGCUCAAGAGUACACCAUGAUUGAGGAGAGAGCUGAAGAUACCACUGUAGUUCUUGAUCAGGAUGAGCCCAUCGAGAUGCAGGAACCCCAGAGCAUCUUGCAAGAUGUUGAGGCGGUGGAGGACAGUGGAACUGAAACUCUGACACUUCAAGAAAAACCUGUGGAUGAAACUUCUGCUACACUAACUGAAGAGCCUGGAGAUGUUGCCAUGGAAAAUGAUGAGCCAGAGUUUGUGGAGACAAGCCAUGUUGUUGAAAAUCAAACAUGUUCUGAGCCUGUGAAAGAGGAUAUGGUAGAAGCUGUGGCAGAAGUUCCUCGACCAGCUGUGGUUGAGAAGGCCAUUGAGGAUCAGACUUGUACUGAACCUGUGAAGGAGGAUACGGUAGAAGCUGCGGCAGAAGAUCCUGAACCAGCUGUGGUUGAGGAGGCCAUUGAGGAGCAAACAUGUUCUGAGCCUGUGAAGGAGGAUACGGUUGAAGCUGUGGCAGAAGAUCCUGAACCAGCUGUGGUUGAGGAGGCUAUUGAGGAUCAAACUUGUACUGAGCCUGUUAAGGAGGAUGUGGUAGAAACCAUCCUAGAAGAUCCUGUGUCAACUGUGGUUGAGGAGCAUGAGAACAAGGUUGAGUGUGAAAAGAAAGGUGUAAUCGUUUAUGAGGAAGCUAAUGACACCAUUAAGACAACUGGAAACGAUUCUGUAAUGUUGAAUGACCUUGAAGGCCCUUCUACAAGCUCACACACUGAACCAAAUCUGAUCACCACAGAGGAAAUAUCUAAGAAACCUCCUCCCCAGAAAAAAAUGAUCAGUUUACUCGACAGCAGUGAGGAUGAAGACAGUGCUGAUGAAGGUUGUUCACAGAAAGCUGAAGAUGUGCGGAGUGAAGACGAUGUGAUGUGCCCUGAUGGAAAUCAGGCGUCAGAAAAACCAGAGGCACACGGUAACGGACUGUUUGUCAUAGACACUAAACCUGGACUACGGUCCAAAAAACAGUAUUAUGUUGAUGCCAAGCAAACCGAGGAACAGGAUGAGGAGGAUUUUGUUGAUGAGGAAGAAGAUGACAAUGAUGAAGAUUCAAAAGUGCUGUUCACUUCCAAAAAGCCUCUGAUACAGCUAUCUAGUGCCAUUGACGCAGGUCUGAAAAUGAAGGAACUUGGUGGUUUGUACAUCAGUUUUGAUGGCAACAAGCCAAAGAGUCUUUCCAACAGUUCGAAAACCCAGAAGGACCUGAACAAUCCAGAUGAGUUGCUGAAGAAGAGUGUUAUCGUUCCGGAUUUUGAGAAAAAAGAUGCUGUGCCACCAUACAGUGAAUCAAAGCAUGCUGCUAAACUCAAGCGCAAGGCGGAAAGAGAAAAGACAACUGGUGAUGGCUGGUUCAACAUGAGAGCUCCUGAAUUAACAGAAGAGCUCAAAAAUGACCUGAAGGCACUUAAGAUGCGCUCAGCUAUGGACCCAAAGCGCUUCUACAAGAAGAAUGACAGAGAAGGACCUCCCAAGUACUUUCAGGUUGGUACAGUGGUUGACAACCCAAUAGACUUUUAUAGUUCAAGAAUCCCUAAGAAACAAAGGAAAAGGACCAUGGUGGAGGAGCUGCUUGCAGAUGCAGAGUUUAGAAGCUAUAACAAAAAGAAAUAUCAAGAGAUCAUGGCCGAAAAAGCAGCACAGGCUGCUGGCAAGAUGAACAAAAAGAAGCACAAUUUCCAUAAAAAGAAAAUGAAUAAAUAAUUUCAUAAGGCAAAUCAGUUUUUUCCUCUUUCCUGAACAGGAAUUGUUUAGCCUUUGUAAAUAUAAGGCAACUAUAUAUUUUUAUUUUCAGUGGAUUAUUGAAAAGGCAUUUUUAGUGUUAUAAUCAUA